GGUUUCCACAGAGGUUUUUUUCAUUCUCGUACUGCUCCGGUGUAUUCCAUGGUGGUGCAGCUCCCUGUUGGUAGAUGCUGGGUGGCCUCCAGUCUUCUGAUACUGCACGUGGCUGCAGUAAAUGUCCACGUGCACUGGCCCGGGUUAUGUAUGAUUUUGCUGCUGAACCUGGGAAUAAUGAACUGACGGUUAAUGAAGGAGAAAUCAUCACUAUUACAAAUCCGGAUGUGGGUGGAGGAUGGCUGGAAGGAAGAAACAGCAAAGGAGAGCGAGGGCUCGUCCCCACAGACUACGUAGAAAUGUUACCUAAUGAUGGAAAAGAUCAGUUUUCAUGUGGAAAUUCAGUGGCUGACCAAGCUUUCCUUGAUUCCCUCUCAGCAAGUACAGCUCAAGUGAAUUCGGCAGCCUCCAACAGCAGCAACCAGGUCAGCAGUGGCAAUGACCCCUGGUCAGCCUGGAGCGCCUCCAAAUCUGGGAACUGGGAUGGUUCGGAUGGCUGGGGGGCCAAGCCCGAGGGGACUGGCCCCCAGAGAAACUCUGCCAACAACUGGGACUCUGCCUUUGGCCACCCCCAAGCUUACCAAGGACCAGCAACUGGUGAUGACGAUGACUGGGAUGAAGACUGGGAUGACCCCAAGUCCUCUUCUCCUUACUUUAAGGACUCAGAGUCAGCGGAAGCAGGUGUCCAGCGGGGAAACAGUCGUCCUGGGGCCUCCUCCAUGAAGCUGCCACUUAACAAAUUUCCUGGAUUUGCAAAACCUGGAAUGGAACAGUAUUUGUUGGCCAAGCAACUAGCAAAACCCAAAGAGAAAAUUCCCAUCAUCGUUGGAGAUUAUGGCCCCAUGUGGGUUUAUCCUACCUCUACAUUUGACUGUGUGGUAGCAGAUCCCAGGAAAGGCUCCAAAAUGUAUGGUCUGAAGAGCUACAUUGAAUAUCAAUUAACACCUACUAACACUAAUCGAUCUGUAAACCACAGGUAUAAGCACUUUGACUGGUUAUAUGAGCGUCUCCUGGUUAAGUUUGGAUCAGCCAUUCCGAUCCCUUCUCUUCCAGACAAGCAGGUCACAGGUCGCUUUGAAGAGGAAUUUAUAAAGAUGCGCAUGGAGAGACUUCAGGCUUGGAUGACCAGGAUGUGCCGGCACCCAGUGAUCUCCGAAAGUGAGGUCUUCCAGCAAUUCCUAAACUUCCGAGAUGAGAAGGAAUGGAAAACUGGGAAGAGGAAGGCUGAGAAAGACGAGCUGGUGGGAGUCAUGAUAUUUUCCACCAUGGAACCAGAGGCGCCUGACUUGGACUUAACAGAGAUAGAACAGACGUGUGACGCGGUGGGGAAGUUCACCAAGGCCAUGGACGAUGGCGUGAAGGAGCUGCUGACCGUGGGCCAGGAGCACUGGAAGCGCUGCACCGGGCCAUUACCCAAGGAAUAUCAGAAGAUAGGAAAAGCCUUGCAGAGUUUAGCAACAGUGUUUAGUUCCAGCGGUUAUCAAGGUGAAGCAGAUCUCAAUGACGCAAUAACAGAAGCAGGAAAGACUUACGAGGAGAUCGCCAGUCUUGUGGCAGAACAGCCAAAGAAAGAUCUCCACUUCCUCAUGGAAUGUAAUCACGAGUAUAAAGGCUUCCUUGGCUGCUUCCCGGAUAUCAUUGGUGCUCACAAGGGAGCAAUAGAAAAAGUGAAAGAAAGUGAUAAGCUAGUUGCAACUAGUAAAAUCACUCCACAGGACAAGCAGACCAUGGUGAAGCGAGUUGGCACCAUGUCUUAUGCUUUGCAAGCUGAGAUGAAUCACUUCCACAGUAACCGGAUCUAUGAUUACAACACCGUCAUCCGCCUGUACCUGGAGCAACAAGUGCAGUUCUAUGAAACAAUUGCAGAAAAGCUGAGGCAGGCCCUCAGCCGCUUUCCGGUUAUGUAGAACAGAGCGGAACAUGAAGAAAACUCCGAAGUGCUUCCUUCUGACUUGGGCAAUGCAGUUCAAAGUUUAUUUUUUUCUCCAUCAUCAGAAAAAAAGAAAGAAAACCAAAAAGAAAUGAGUUGGAAAAAGCUGUUUUCUCUGUUAACCAGCCUGAAUGCACUAUUAUUUAGGGUUGGUCUUCUUUUGUUUAUUUCUACAUUCAUUAUUUAAACCAAUGGAAAUUGUCUCUAUUUUUGGAAAGAACUUAAAUUUAUUAGGAUUUUUGAAUGGAGAAUUAGGGGCUCCCCACUGAUAUUUUACAUAAUCGUAAUUUAUACAUUACCCAUGAUCUUCCGGUUCUUACCCAAUGUCAGAUAAUUAAUUACUAAUUGCUUUCUUAAAAAUAUGAAAUAUUCCAGAAUAAAAAGACACAUGUUUAUAUAUUUUUAUAACUCCUUGGUCUUCUGGGGUUCCUGUCUGUUCAGGAAGAUCCACACACCCUUCACUGUGCCAGUGCUUCUGUCUCAGGAGGGAGAGAGCCCAGGGCUCUGGUCACCUUGCUCUGCAUGUGCUGCAGGGGCCAUCUCGUGUCCCCUUGGUGGGCCCAGUGGGCACACAGCAAGUGCACCUGCCUGCUGCUCUUCCGUGGAAGACAGUGCUCCCUCUGUGCCCUGCUUCCUGAUCCUGGGCAAGGCGUGUUUUUGCUAGAAAGAAUACAGCAGAAAGGCUGAAAGACCUUUUAAAAAGGCUUUAACCCCGGGCUGGUGGCCGUUCUGACUCUUGUGCCCAGGAGCACCGGGGGAGAGCAUCCUCCAGAGCUGCCACCCCCUCCCAUCCUGUCCCUCCACUCGCCAUCAGAGGGAAGAAGUGCUGGGAUGGCCACGAGAUUGCCAUGUGGACAGGAGGCCAGUCCAGGUUCUCUGAAAAGAUGGAAACCAGAGUUUAGUGCCUGGCCCCUCCCCACCAAAUGGGAGAGUUUGGGGACUGAGAUGGACGGCAGCAUGCCCAGUGUGCAGGAAGGUGCUGAUGAGAAGCCCAAGCGACACCUGUCUUGACUGUCCAGCCUUCCUGGUCACUGAUACUUCCAUUAAGGGCACCAGGCAAAAAGGUCUCGACCUGCUGACCGCUGAUUAGCACCCGCAGGCCGCCCGCUCUACUGUUGCCUUACCACCUCAUCUGCCACCGUCCCUGCUCUGACCCAGUGAUUACAGAAACGGAAAGUCAGCAGCAAAAACAGGAGAAACCAAAGCAGUAGAUGAGGACAGUAGUCACCUGAGAACCUCCCGCUCUCCAAUAUCACGGGUCUGUCACUGUUUAUAAGUAAUUCUCCCCACCUGACUUUUCCCCUAUAAAAUCCCAUAGAACAGUGUUUAUGAUACAGCCAUUUAAUAUAUGUACAAACUGUAAAGAAUAUGUAUAAAUAUUUUACACAAAUGUAAGCAUGUAGAAGCCAACGUAUAAAUAAAUUGUUUAAAAACUGUA